CUAGAGCCCGGCCUUCCAGACACGUGACCCCGGGGCUCCCGGCUCUCUUCACUUCUGCUUUCCUAACUCUGUCGUAAUCCGGCGUUAUGGCUGCCGUCGUGCCCCGUGCUGCUUUUCUGUCCCUGCUGCUUCCCCUUUUCCUGUGCCUGCUGCUCUUCUUUCCGCAUGGCGGCAGCGGCCUGCACACUAAGGGCGCCCUUCCCCUGGAUACAGUCACUUUCUACAAGGUUAUUCCCAAAAGCAAGUUCGUCUUGGUGAAGUUCGACACCCAGUAUCCCUACGGUGAGAAGCAGGAUGAGUUCAAGCGUUUGGCUGAAAACUCCGCCUCCAGCGAUGAUCUCUUGGUAGCAGAGGUGGGGAUCUCAGAUUAUGGUGACAAGCUGAACAUGGAGCUGGGCGAGAAAUACAAACUGGACAAAGAGAGCUACCCAGUCUUCUACCUCUUUCGGGAUGGGGAUUUUGAGAACCCAGUCCUGUAUAGUGGGGCGGUUAAGGUUGGAGCCAUCCAGCGCUGGCUAAAAGGGCAAGGGGUCUACCUGGGUAUGCCUGGCUGCCUGCCUGCAUAUGACACCCUGGCUGGGGAAUUCAUCAAGGCCUCCAGCAUAGAGGCACGCCAGGCCCUCUUGAAGCGAGGGCAGGACAACCUCGCAAAUGUGAAGAAGACUGAGAAGAAGUGGGCUGAGCAAUACCUGAAGAUCAUGGGGAAGGUCUUAGACCAAGGUGAGGACUUCCCGGCAUCAGAGAUGACCCGGAUCACCAAGCUGAUUGAGAAGAACAAGAUGAGCGAUGGGAAGAAGGAGGAGCUCCAAAAGAGCUUAAACAUCCUAACCGCCUUCCAGAAGAAGGGGGCAGAGAAGGAAGAGCUGUAAAAAGGCACUCCGAGGGUUGGUGGGGGUGGAGACAAUUCCAUGCUUGCUGUGAGACCCUUGGGGGGGGUGGUGGAAAAAGUGGUACUACCCCAGAAAUCUGAGCCCUUGGUAUGCCUAGACAUUAAAUGCUGGGACGUAUCUAUAGCAAAUUUGGUGGAUAGCUGGAGUACUUACUCAGAUGGCUCAUGAAAUUCCCCCUCAUAAGGAAUUGGUGCUAUACAGAGGGUAGCGCCUAGGUCCCUGAGAGGUGUAAUUCUGAUGCAAUUAAAGGUUCAGCAUUUUGGUUAAGUGGACCUGAAGCCAUUCAGUUUACUUUUUCAAAUUGUACUCUUGUCUGUGAUUACUUUCCCCUUUGAAUUUAUUUUUGAAUCUUAGCUGGUAUGGACUCCAUUCUUCCAGGAUAACAAACUAUCCUGAUAAUAGUGCGAAAACUGCUCCAGGCAUGCCUUUUAUCAUUUUCCACUGGUUUUCAGGCUAAGUUGGGCUGACUCUGAGUGGUAAAUUGUAUUGCCCAUUUUCUGGCCCUUAAACUUAAAUGACAACAUUGAUGCCAUGGUUUAAUUAUUUUCCAUACUCCCUGAAGAACAUACAGCAAAUUGUUUUACUGAUAAAAUAUGGUGUUUUUUUUUAAAGUUGGAUUUAGACAGCUAAAUCAUAGUCCAAUCUGAAAGUUAAAAAAAGAAAAAAUGGGAAUUUUUUUCCCCAUGGAAGUCACUCUUUGACCAUCAGUUAUUCUGUAAGUACCAACUUUAAAAAAGCAAUGAGUAGAAAAAACUUGUACUGAUUUUCAGGUUUGUUUCCAGGAGUGAGGAGUAGUUAUCAGUAGUGGUAAUGGAGUCUGCUGAAGCUUCCUGAUUAUAUCUUCACUUUUCUAUUUAAAUGUUUGGAAAUAUUUAGUUUUAGCCAUACAAAGAAAUUUAAAUUGCCCCAAAUUGGCAAAUAAAACCUUAAGCUGUUUAUUUUCCUCCAUUUCGGCCAGAGUAGUAUUUUAGAGCCCCUGGAAACAAAAAAUGUAGGUGUAAAUUUUUGCUUUGAGUUGGAUGGAAAAAAAAUGUAGCAAUGGCUAACAGUUAAAACAAGCUGGUAAAAGAUGUUCAAACCUAAACACCCACUUGCCCAUAGCCAGCAUACAUACUCUACAUAUGAUAAAAGGUUAUAACUGCUUAUAUGUUAUAUAUUUAGUCCACAAUUUUGGUAUUUUCCCUUCUCAUUAUUUUGGUUCUAAUUGAAACUUUUAGAAGAUCCUUUUGGAUGCUUCUCAUUGGAAAACUUGCUUUAGUGUUCAAUUUUAUCUUGUUUCAUUUCAAAACAGGGUCGCUUCCAAAAAAUAAAGUAUUCACUGUUUUAUGGAAAUUAGAAUUAAAAGACAAAUGGCAGCCAGGGAAAGGAUUCUAGAACUAAAUACAUCCAUAGUACCUGAAUGUGGCCUAAUCUUCAAUCUUUCUCAAUUGAGAGAGAAAUGAAAUAAAAAAAAGGAAGUGGCAGUACAUCCACGGCUGAGGCUUUGGGUAGCCUAGACUGGAUGUCAUUAUUUAUAAGCCUAGUCUUGAGUUAAAGAAACGUGAGCUAAGGGAUGGGGUUAGAUAAUCUCUUUGUAUCUAACACUUUUCAUUAAAGAUAGGCCCUCUGCUACUA